AUGUCUAGUUGUUCUAUUAUUCCUCAUAGUCAUCGGUGUGAAACUCCAGCGGCAACACCCUUACUGUCAAUAUGGAAUCCAUCGCCAACGGCAAGAAAAAAUGCAAUUGCUAUUUUAUUUGAAGGAUCUAUAAUGGAUUUAGCGCCUAAGUCGUUUGCCAGUACCACUAAACGUCAAGUUAUUUUCUAUAAUAUAGACGGCAUAUUUACAUCGUUUCCGAAAGGAUUCGAUCCCUAUCUAGAAGAACCAACUUGGUCAAAACGAGGUAAAUGGAAUUAUCAUCAUAUGUGUCGAUUUUGGUUCAAACUUAUUCUGGAUAUUCCAUUAAUUAAUAAAUAUGACUAUGUUAUGAGACUUGACAGUGAUUCAAAAGUAAUGGGAGUUUGGUUUAAUGUUUUUGAGCUGAUGAAAAAUAAAACGGCGGUCAAUUUUGCUAACGUAGAACAAGCAGAUACCGAAGCUAUAUUACCUGGUCUAAUGAAACUGAAAACAUUUACACUUGACUAUCAAAAGAAAUAUGGGAUAAUUCCUAAAAAUCCGAUCAGAUUGACACGAGCUUUUGACAUUCCCAAUCAUAUACGCUUACAUAAUACAAAUUUUGAUAUAUUCAAAGUCGAGUUUUUCAAAAGUCAACUUGUUACUCAUUGGAUUAAUGCAGUGGACGAAAGUUUUGGUAUAUUUCGAUAUCGGUGGGGAGAUCAUGUGCUCAGAUAUCUAACAACCGCAAUGUUUGCCACUCCAAACGAAGUACUUGUAAGAACGGAUUUCAAUCUGUCUUACUGUCAUCCAUGCUAA